AUGAAUUCUGCUGGUUUUAAACGGGGUCCAAAUAAAGUAUUAGACGAAGUCGGAGUUAGAUGUCAAAAAAUCUUUUAUCAUUUUUUAAACGAGUUUCGAGAAGAUAAUGUAGUAAAAUACUUAGCUCCUGCAACAGAAAUUCAAAGAAACAUUGAAAGAACAACAUUAGAAGUUAGCUACGAAGAUGUUGAAAAAUUUAACAUGAAUUUAUCGAUAACAAUUAUUGAAGAAUAUUACAGGCUUUAUCCAUAUUUGUGCAAAGCUGUUUCAAAUUUUGUUAGCAACAUUGAUGGGGCUGCAAAAGGAAAAGAUUGUUAUAUUGCAUUCACAGAUGUGCCUACCAAACAUAAAGUAAGAGAACUGACAAUGGAAAAACUUGGAACAUUGGUUAGAAUUACUGGACAAAUCGUUCGAACACAUCCGGUUCAUCCUGAAUUAACUAUCGGUUCAUUUUUAUGCUGUGAUUGUCAAACAGACAUUAAAAAUGUUGAGCAGCAAUUUAAAUACACACAACCAUCAAUAUGUAGAAAUCCUGUAUGUAACAAUAGAAAAAGAUUUACAUUAGAAGUUGAUAAAUCAGAUUUUGCUGAUUUUCAAAAGGUUAUUGUUCAGGAGACUCAAUCUGAGCUUCCGAGAGGUUGUAUUCCACGAUCGUUAGAAGUUAUUUUAAGAGAAGAAGCAGUGGAAACUGUUCAGGCUGGUGGAAGAUAUGAUUUCACUGGAACUAUGAUAGUUGUGCCGGAUAUCAGUGCAUUGCAAUGUCCUGGUGCCAAAGCUGAAAUUGGUGGUAGGCAUAAACAAGGUGAUUAUGCUGUCGAAGGAGUUAGAGGACUUAAAGCUUUAGGAGUGAGAGAUUUGAAUUAUCGAAUUGCAUUUUUAGCCUGCAGUGUAACAUCAAGUGAAUCAAAAUUGGGGAGUGAUGAAAUAGCUGGAGAAGGAGAACCCAAUGGAGAGUUAAUCAAAAAAUAUAUGAACGAUUCUGAAUGGAGUAAAAUUUAUAAUAUGUCCAAAGAUAAAAAUUUGUAUAAAAAUCUAAUUGAUUCCCUUUUUCCCUCUAUACACGGCAAUGAUGAAAUUAAAAAAGGAAUUCUACUCAUGAUGCUUGGUGGUGUAAAAAAAUAUACAUCUGAAAAAACAAAACUUAGAGGAGACAUAAAUUGUUUAAUUGUUGGGGAUCCCAGCACCGCGAAAUCUCAAUUUUUAAAACAGGUUGCUGACAUAUGUCCCAGAGCGGUAUAUACUAGCGGAAAAGCAAGUUCUGCUGCCGGUUUAACUGCAGCCGUCGUAAGAGAUCAAGAAUCUUCGGAUUUCGUCAUCGAAGCAGGUGCCCUCAUGCUAGCUGAUAAUGGAAUUUGUUGUAUUGAUGAAUUUGAUAAAAUGGAUCCCAAAGACCAAGUUGCCAUACACGAAGCAAUGGAACAACAGACUAUAUCUAUCACAAAAGCUGGUGUCAGAGCUACGCUAAAUGCCAGAACUUCAAUAUUAGCGGCUGCAAAUCCAAUAGGUGGACGUUACGACAGAUCAAAAUCAUUGCAAAAAAAUAUUGCUUUGUCUGCUCCAAUUUUAUCAAGAUUCGAUUUAUUCUUUAUACUAGUUGACGAAUGUAACGAGGUUGUCGAUUACGCCAUUGCGAAAAAAAUUGUUAAUUUACAUAGUAACGAAGAUGAGGAGGCCGCAAAAGCCUACACUCAAGCCGAAACGAUGCGUUUUAUAAAUUUUGCCAAACUUUUCCAACCGUCUUUAACAGAAAGCGCUGUUGCCUUGUUAGUUAAAUGUUACACGAAUUUAAGGCAAAAGGAUAAUUACGCCUCUGGAAAAACGAGUUUUAGAGUGACCGUUCGACAAUUGGAGUCAAUGAUUCGACUUGCGGAAGCCAUGGCUAAAAUGGAAUGUUCUGACGAAGUCACCGAAAAGCACGUACAAGAAGCUUAUAGAUUGCUCAACAAGAGUAUUAUUCGAGUAGAACAACCAGAUAUAAUUUUGGACGAUGAUCAAGAACAAGAGGAAAAUGACAUUGGUGAAAAUGAAAACGAACCAAUGGAAACAUCUAAUUCUGGAGAAAAUGGAACCGAUCCUCCUGUUCGACAAGUCAAAGUCACCUACGAAGAAUAUCAUAGCAUUUACUACAUGAUAACUCAUCACAUUCGAAAACUAGAAGAAGAAAGUGAAACAAAAGAAGAAGAGUACAAAGGGAUGCGUAAAUCAGAAGUCGUUUCUUGGUAUUUGGAACAAAUUCAAGAUUGUAUCGAAACCGAAGAAGAAUUGAUUGAAAAAAAAGAAAAAGUUGAAAAGGUCAUAGAUCGUCUCAUGUACAAGGAUUUUAUUUUGCUACCGCUUCACGAUACCGAAGAAGCAGAAGACGAUGAUGGCGAUCCCAUUUUGGUCGUUCAUCCCAAUUUCGUACCUCAAGCAUAA